AUGUCUAUUGAUGACUUUCGAAUCAUAAAACUGAUAAGUGGGGGCGCGUACGGGCGAGUCUUCUUGGCGCAGAAACGCGCGACGGGCGAUUUGUUCGCCGUCAAGGCGUUGCGAAAGCGCGAUCUCGUGUACAAGAACAUGAUGGAUCAAGUCGUCGCCGAACGUGAUGCCCUGAUAGCAGCUGCGAAUCCGUUCACAAUCAAAUUGUACUACUCAUUCACCUCUGCGAGGCACGUUUAUCUCGUCACCGAAUACGCAAACGGUGGCGACUUGUACAGUCUGUUGACGCAGCUCGGUCGAUUGAGCGAAGAGCACGCUCGCCAGUACUGUGCCGAGAUCGCACUCGCGCUCGAGUACGUGCACUCGAAAGGAAUUACGCACCGAGAUUUGAAGCCGGGUAAUUGUCUCAUUGCGUCGGAUGGGCACAUCAAACUUGCUGAUUUUGGUUUAUCGCGAAUCGACCGAGACGCCGGG